UAAGGAAAGGGUUAGGUUGAAUGGUAAGAGCAGUGAGCUAUUUUCUUGUUUUUUUACAAUUUUUCUUUUUAAGAAAGCAGAAAUUAUACACGUCGUAAUCCCCAAAACAACUUCAAAGUCCAAACAACAACACUUUGCCUUCCUUAAACUACUCCAUUUAUUCUUUUUAAUAAAUAAACCAUAAGGCUGUUUCUUCUAAUCUUCUCAACUCCCAAAACAAAAAGUCUAAGGUUGUUGAUCGUCGGCGUGCUACCACAAUUUGCCGGAGCCGGAGGCCUUCCAACUCUCGCAGUGGUUGUCCCACAUUUUGAACUUCAUUCUCUUUAUCAAUUUGUGCUUUGGUUCUUUCCAAAAGCUCAAACUUGGAGUCUGACGACAGACAAGCUUUUAGAAAUGGAUAUUGGCUUAACAUUUGGUGGUGCAUUUCUCUCUUCAGUUCUGCAAGUUCUCUUUGAUAGGCUUGCUCCUCAAGGUGAGCUUCUGAAGAUGUUUCGAAGGGGCAAGCAUGAUGUUUUGCUGUUAAAGAAGCUGAGGAGGACUUUGCGUGGUCUUAAGAUUGUGCUAAAUGAUGCAGAGAAUAAGCAGGCAUCAAAUCCAAAUGUGAGUGAGUGGCUUAAUGAACUUCGGGAUGCUGUGGACAGUGCUGAAAACUUAAUGGAAGAAAUCAAUUAUGAAGUUCUGAGAGUUAAGGUGGAAGGUCAGUAUAAAACUUUUUCAGAAACAAACAACCAACAGGGAAGUGACCUCAACUUGUGCUUGAGUGAUAAAUUUUUUCUUUACAUAAAGGAGAAGUUGGUAGAUACCAUUGAAACAUUGGAGGAGUUGCAAAAGCAAAUUGGCUGCCUUGGCCUAAAUGACCAUCUUGACUCGGGUAAACAAGAAACUAGAAGACUUUCAACUUCUGUGGUUGAUGAAUCUGACAUCUUUGGUAGGCAGAAUGAAAUAAAUAUAUUGGUUGACCGUUUAUUGUCUGAUGAUGCAAAAGAAAAAAAGUUGACUGUAAUUCCUAUUAUUGGAAUGGCGGGUGUUGGCAAGACAACACUUGCUAAAGUUGUUUACAAUGAUGAGAAGGUGAAACAACAUUUUAAGUUGAAAUCUUGGAUCUGUGUGUCUGAACCAUAUGAUGUUUUUAGAAUAACAAAAGGGUUACUUCAAGAAAUUGGUUCAUCCGACUUGAUGGUUGACAACAAUCUUAAUCAGCUUCAGAUCAAAUUGAUGGAAAGCUUAAAGGGGAAAAAGUUCCUUAUUGUUUUAGAUGAUGUUUGGAAUGACAACUACAAUGAUUGGUAUGACUUGAGAAAUCCUUUUGCACAAGGAGAAAAUGGAAGUAUGAUCAUUGUGACGACACGUAAGGAGAGUGUUGCCUUGAUGAUGGGUAGUGGGCUAAUUAACGUGGGAACUCUGUCUACUGAAGUCUCUUGGCCUUUAUUCAAAAGACAUGCAUUUGAAAAUAGGGAUCCUAAGGAAAAUCCAGAACUUGAAGAGAUAGGAAAACAAAUUGCAAUUAAGUGCAAAGGAUUGCCUUUAGCACUAAAGACACUUGCUGGUUUGUUGCGCUCCAAAUCAGAGGUUGAAGAGUGGAGACGUGUUUUGAGAAGCGAAAUAUGGGAACUGCCAGAUAACAGCAUAUUACCAGCGUUGAUGCUGAGCUACAAUGAUCUUCCCGUGCAUUUGAAGCAAUGUUUUUCCUAUUGUGCAAUAUUUCCCAAAGAUUAUCCAUUUUGCAAAGAACAAAUCAUUCAACUCUGGAUUGCUAAUGGUCUCGUACAACAGUUGCAAAAAGAUGAAACAAUUGAAGAUUUAGGCAACCAAUACUUUCUCGAGUUGCGAUCAAGAUCGUUGUUCGAAAGGGUCCAAGAGUCUUCUAAAAGGAAGGUAGAGGUAUUCUUAAUGCAUGACCUUGUCAAUGAUUUGGCCCAAAUGGCAUCUUCAAAACUUUGUAUCAAUCUGGAAGAUAACGAAGGAUCUCAUAUAUUGGAAAAAAGUCGACACCUAUCAUAUUCAAUGGGAUAUGGUGACUUUGAGAAAUUGAAACCCCUACACAAAUUGAAGCAGCUGAGAACAUUGCUUCCAAUAAGUUUUGAGCUCGAUAAUUCAUUUCCUUUAAGCAAGAGGGUGUUGCAUAACAUAUUGCCAAGUCUAACAUCCUUAAGGGCAUUAUCAUUGGCUUGCUAUGAGAUUGAGGAGUUGCCGAAUGUCUUGUUAAUCGAAUUGAAGCUCCUGAAAUUUUUGGACCUUUCCCUGACAAAGAUAAGAAAGUUACCAGAUUCGAUUUGUGUAUUGUACAACUUAGAGACAUUUCUCUUGUCAUCUUGUUAUUAUCUUGAGGAGUUACCAUUGCAAAUGGAAAAGUUGAUCAACUUGCGUUACCUUGACAUUAGCAACGCUUCUCGCUUGAAGCUACCGCUACUUCCAAGCAAGUUUAAAAGCCUCCACGUGUUAGUGGGAGCUAAAUUUCUUCUAGGUGGUUGCAGUGGUUCAAGAAUCGGAGGUAUGGAUAAGCUGCAUAACUUGUAUGGAUCUCUAUCAAUCCUAGAGUUGCAAAAUGUGAUUGAUAGAAGGGAAGCUGUGAAGGCAAACAUGAGGGACAAGAAUCAUGUUGAAAAGUUAUCGUUGGAGUGGAGUGAAAAAAGUAUUGCUGACAGUUCUCAAGAUGAAAGAGACAUACUUGAUGAGCUACAUCCAAAUCGGAACAUAAAAGAACUCCAAAUUACCGGAUAUGGAGGGACAAAGUUUCCAAACUGGAUCGCUGAUCAUUCGUUUCUUAAACUGGUGGAAUUGUCUCUUAGCAAUUGCAAGAAUUGUGAUUCCCUUCCAGCACUAGGACAACUUCCAUCUUUGAAAUUUCUUGCAAUUCGAGGGAUGCAUCGAAUAGUGGAGGUGGCUGAAGAUUUUUAUGGUAAUUUGUCCUCCAAGAAGCCUUUUAACUCUCUUCAGAAGCUUGAAUUUGCAAGGAUGCUGGAGUGGAAGCACUGGCAUGUUCUAGGCAAUGGAGAUUUCCCUACACUUCAGGACCUUUCAAUUUUUGAUUGUCCUAAGUUGAUUGGGAAGUUUCCUGAAAAUCUUUGUUCUCUAACAAGAUUGAGAAUUUCAAAAUGUCCUGAACUCAUUUUGGAGACACCUAUUCAACUUUCAAGUUUAAAAAAGUUUGAAGUUGUUGGUUCUCCUAAGGAUGGAGUUCUUUUUGAUCAUGCUGAACUGUUUGCAUCCCAACUUCAGGGAAUGAAGCAGAUAGUUGAAUUAUAUAUUGAUCACUCUGACUCUCUUACCUGCUUACCUUUUAGCAGUUUGCCAAGUACAUUGAAGAAAAUAAGGAUGCGUCGUUGUCAGAAAUUGAAAUUGGAGACGUCAAUUAGUCAGAUGAUUUCUAGAGGAAGUAACAUGUUUCUCGAGAAUCUGGAACUCGAUGAAUGUGAUUCUAUAGAUGAUAUAUCACCUGAGUUGGUUCCAAGAGCACGCUAUUUUAGCGUAGAAAGUUGUCACAGCCUUACUAGGCUUUUGAUUCCCAAUGGGACUGAACAUCUCAGAAUUAAUGAAUGUGAAAAUCUGGAAAUACUUUUGGUGGCAGGCGGGACUCAGGCGAUGCCAUUGCGUAAGUUGUAUAUUUUCAACUGUGAAAAGCUGAAGUCGCUUCCAGAACGUAUGGAGGAACUCCUUCCAUAUCUUAAGGAACUGCUACUCCAAAAUUGUCCAGAAAUGGAGUCCUUUCCUGAAGGAGGAUUGCCCUGCAAUUUAGAAGUUCUUGAGAUCCACAAUUGCAAGAAACUGGUGAAUUGCCGGAAGGAGUGGGACUUACAGAGACUCCCUUUUCUCACAGAUUUAACCAUCUACCAUGAUGGUAGUGAUGAAGAGAUUCUUGCUGGUGAAAAUUGGGAGUUGCCUUGCUCUAUUCGAAGUCUUGAAGUAGACAAUCUGAAAACAUUAAGCUGCCAAGUUGUCAAACGCCUCACCUCGCUUGAAUCUCUAUUUAUUGUUAAUUUACCUCAAAUUCGGUCACUGCUGGAAGAAGGGCUUCCCUCAUCUCUUUCUGAGUUAUAUUUAUAUCGGCAUCAUGAGCUCCAUUCAUUACCAACCGAAGGUCUUAGGCACCUCACUUCCCUUCGAUUUCUAGAGAUCAACUCCUGCUAUCAACUUCAAUCUCUUCCAGAAUCAGCGCUUCCCUCCUCCCUUUCUGUGCUGAAUAUAUGGGAUUGCCCUCUUGCAGAAUCAGCACUGCCCUCUUCCCUCUCUAAGCUGUCCAUCUGGACUUGCCCUAAUCUCCAAUCCUUUCCAGUAAAAGGGAUGCCCUCUUCCAUCUCUAGACUAUCUAUUCACAACUGCCCAUUGCUCAAACCACGUAUAGAAUUCGAGAAGGGGGAUUACUGGCCAAAAAUUGCUCAUAUUCCCACCAUAAAGGUCGAGGAGGAAUACCUGUAAUGGUUAAAGCAAAUGGUGCUCUGAUAAAUCAGCGCAAAGCGUCUAUUGCAACAAUGAAGCCAUGGAAUCAUCAUCAAGUCAGAGUUGUCCUAAUCUUCAAUCUCUUCCAGUAAAGGGAAUGCCCUCUUCCAUCUGUAUUUUCAACUGCCCAUUGCUCAAACCGUGUCUAAAAUUUGAGAAAGGAGAGUAGUGGCCAAAAACUUUGAUAGAUAGCAGCGCAAAGCGUCAAUUGCCAGCCUUUUUGCUCAGUUGAUGAAAACAAUGUUGUGCUGACAUUCUUUAUGAAUAGGCAAUCACCUCAACAGUGGUCUGUCAGAAGAGUGUUUUCUUUCCAAAAUAUCAUAACAGAUCACAAAUGCAAUGUUUGACAACUUCAGAAAUGAUAUUUUGUCCAAAUAAUUUAUAGCUUCCCUCCUCCCUCCAGCUCAUCGAUAAUUGUCCAAAUCUCAAGUCCCUUCCAGUUCGUUGCCUAUAACCACGUCUAGAAUUUAAGAAGGGGGAAUCCUGGCUAAGAAGAGGGAAUGCUGGUCACAAAGAGCUCAAAUUUCCACCAUAAGAAUCAACGAGGAAUGCAUAUAAUGGUUAAAUCAAAUGGUACUGUGAUAGAGUGAGUUGAGCAAGGAGGAGGAGGUUGUUCACAAGUUCAUUGUUGAGCUUUGAUCUGUUUGCUGAGUUGUGUAAAAGUUAUUUCUCCUCCUUAAAUGCAGAGCUCUAAUACAAGUCAAAGGAUUUGGGUAAAAAUAUGUAAGUUGAGUUCCAGCUCUUCGAGAGGCCAACAAAGGCAGAAAAGAGGUAAAACGAACAAGUUUUUGACGAGAAAGGUGGAGCUCUCUCUUUCUUUUUUCUUUUUGUGAAGAAAGAGAGGGAGGGAGACACAAAAGAACAUUUACCACGUUCAUCUGUCUCAACAUGAAUGUCAUUAGAUUACCAAAUACAUAUGGGUCAACAAGCCAACUUUACAACAUCAAGUAUUUGAGUUUCACCUAUGACCACUUCUCUCUCUCUCUCUCUCUUGAUCGAAAUUAAGCUCUCUUUGCAAAGAGCAACGUGCAAUGUGAGUUUAAUACCAGACAUGCCAAGCUCCUUAAUUUCUUUCGUAAUAAGAAGGUUACAAGACGCAAGUUUUCCAUCCUUGCUUUCUAUCAUUAAUUCUAUGUCAUUCUUCCAAACUGAUAAAGGCGUCUCUAAGAUCAAUGGUCCAAUUGUAAAUUCUUUAAUCCACUACUCUCUAACACCAUACUCUUUCAUCAACCUUAUAUCUAUAUAUUAGUACUUUAUCUUGCUAUGUUGUGUUCUCACUAUUCUCCCGUUUUUCUUUACUCCCGUUUUUCUUUACUGGUUAUUGUAUUGCGUUUCAACUAUUUUUUGGUUUCUUAUAAUAUUUUAUUAUUUCUAUGGUUUCUGUUGAUGAUACUGAUAUAUUGUCUCUUUUGUCUUUUUCGUUUUCUUAAGCCGAAGGCCUAUCGGAAACUGUCUCUCUACUCCACGGGGGUAGGGGUAAGGUCUGCGUACAAACUACCUUCCCCAGACCCCUUACUUUUGGGAUUUUACUAGGUUGUUGUUGUUGUUGUUAGUACUUUAUCUCGCCUUCGUAUGGAUA